AUGACGUCCCUUGAAUUGCAACCCUCCUCCUCUCGUCCGGCAGACCAGGUCGAGCAGGGAAAAGAGAACCUGGGUACCAAGGCCGACAUCGAUCUCGUCGAGAGUGCAGGCGCCGACCAGGUGGCCACCUACGGGGACUCCAUUGCCGCUCGACUUCCCAAAGCCCAUCGUGACUAUCUCCUUCAACGACAUGGCACAUUGGAAUUGGAUCCCAUUCCAGGAAUGGGCCCGGCAGACCCUUACAAUUGGCCCGAAUGGAAGAAAAUGACCAAUCUUAUUCUGGUGGCAUUUCACGCUUGUAUGGGUACAUUCACUGCUGCAGCCAUUAUCCCUGCCUAUUCAGAGAUUGCCGAGGAGCUCGGCGUCGGUAUUCAGAACGCUAGUUAUUUGACUUCCUUGCAAAUCGCCAUCUUGGGAGGCGCACCCUUGUUCUGGAAGCCUUUGUCCAACCGCUAUGGCCGUCGCCCCAUUUUCCUUUUAUCCCUCAUCUGCAGUCUGGUGUGCAAUAUUGGUUGUGCCAAGAGCACCACCUAUGCCUCUGUCGCCACCUGUCGUGCUUUGGUUGCAUUUUUCAUCUCUCCUGCCUCGGCCAUUGGCAGUGCAGUCGUAAUGGAAACCACCUUUAAGAAAGAUCGUGCCCGUUAUAUGGGUGUCUGGACCCUAAUGAUCACUUUGGGUGUACCAAUCGGACCCUUCCUUUUCGGCUUCGUCACUUAUCGUGUGGGUUAUAACUGGAUUUACUGGAUCCUGGCUAUGAUCAACGGUGGUCAAUUUAUCCUGUACCUCUUCUUGGGACCGGAGACUCGUUAUAUCGGUAGCGGCGUUGAACGCGCAGAGGCAACCUGGAAGACAGAGUAUCUGUCACUCCGUCGGAUUGACCCUACUCCGUUCACUUGGUGGGAGUUCGUGCGACCCCUGACCAUGGCCAAACAUCCAUCCAUCCUUAUCCCCGCCUGUGCGUAUGCCAUGGUAUUUCUGUUCGGUAGCGUCUUAGCGACCGUCGAGGUGCCUCAAUUGCUGCAAGAGAAGUUUGAGUUGAAUGCCGAGCAGCUGGGUCUCCAGUUUUUGGGUGUUAUCAUUGGGUCGGUAAUUGGCGAGCAGAUGGGCGGUGCCUUGUCCGACUUCUGGAUGAACCGACGUGCCCGCGCCAUCAAUCGCAAACCCGACCCUGAGUUCCGUCUGUGGUUGAGUUACUUCGGCUUUUCUUUGGCCAUUAUCGGCACCAUCGUCUUCCUGGUCUGCACGCAGGAAGCUACCGCCGGUCACUGGAAUGUGUCUCCAAUAAUUGGCACAGCAAUCGGUGCGGUUGGCAACCAGUUGGUCACAACGGUGAUGAUCACCUAUGCCGUAGACUGCUAUCCCCAGGAGGCCGCUAGUGUUGGUGUGUUCGUCACCUUCGUGCGCCAGAUCUGGGGUUUCAUUGGCCCUUUCUGGUUCUCGCCCAUGUUCGAGAAUGUCGGCAUCGCCCCCAGUGCAGGUAUCGCUGCGGCCAUGAUCGUUGUUGUCAGUGUGAUCCCGACUAUCUUCCUGCACUCCAGGGCCAAGAUAUGGCGUCGAAAUGAGCGUGAAGAGUAA